AUGUUUAACGAGGACGGUCCACCCAUCUCCUCUUUCUUACCGUUAGACCAAGUUCUAACGCCUAGCUAUCAUGGUCGCUCAAUUCUUGAAGUAUUUGUCGGUAUUGGCGGUGGCAGUAACACCUUCAUUCUCCGUGCUUCAGCCAACCCCACCUAUGGGCAAGAAACCCUCCCCAUAUUUGGAGAUCAUACUAACAGUUUGAUAGGGUUCAACAACUGGUCUGCUUUCAUGUGCGGCCUGAAUGAAUCAAUCUUCAUCGACACUGCCCAUUCAAUGGUUGAGAAUGGAUUACUUGCUGCUGGGUACAAUCAUAUCAAUAUCGAUGACUGCUGGAGUAACUUCGAUCGAGCUGCCAACGGGUCAAUGGUUUGGAAUUCAGAGAAAUUCCCGAAUGGCCUUCCUUGGCUGACAAGCUAUUUGAAGAGCCUCGGUUUCACAUCUGGAAUAUACACAGAUGCGGGAAACAAAAGUUGUGGUGGCUAUCCCGGGGCUUAUGGCUACGAGGAAUUGGAUGCGAGUACUUUUGCUUCUUGGGGGUUUGAAUACCUCAAACUGGAUGGGUGUAAUAUGCCAACCGGGACGGAAGCAGAAUACAAAGAGGUUUACGGUCGUUGGCACAGUAUUUUGAGCAAAAUGACCAAGCCCAUGGUGUUUUCCGAAUCCGCACCAGCAUACUUUGCUGAAGCCAGCAAUUUGACAGAUUGGUACAGUGUCAUGGGAUGGGUUCCCGAAUAUGGGCAGUUAGCAAGACAUUCGCGAGAUACAUUGGUCUUCAAUUCUACAUUGUACUGGCCCAAUAUAACUGGAUGGGACAGCAUAAUGUUCAAUUAUGGUCAAGAAGUCCGCUUGGCCAGAUAUCAGAAGCCUGGAUACUACAACGAUCCAGACUUUCUUGAUGUUGACCAUUUCGACCUCACUUUGGACGAAAAACGGUCUCAUUUUGCGAUUUGGUCGAGUCUUUCUGCACCACUUAUUAUCAGUGCAUGGAUCCCGGGAUUCAGCGCUGAAGAGAUCGAAUAUCUCACAAAUAAGGACCUGAUUGCAGCUAAUCAGGACCCUCUUGCAUUACAGAGCACUCUGGUGAGCCAGGACGGGACAUGGGACAUGUUGACGAAGGAUCUUGCCAAUGGAGAUCGACUGCUCACGGUCAUUAAUCGAGGCGAAACUACUGCCAGCCAAAGCUUUUCUUUCGACAAGAUUGGAAUUCCCACCAUUUCGGCCGCUUUUGUCAAAGAUCUCUGGACGGGAGUAUCGGCUUUUGAAAGGAAGCAUGUCACUGCAAAUAAUGUACCUUCUCAUGGCACCGCAGUUUUCAGGAUUUCUGCAGAGCGUGGAUCUUGUGACAGCAUUCCAACAGGGAUGAUUUUCAAUACUUAUUCCCUGACCACGCUUACAGCUUCCAAAGGGGGUCUUAGCUGGGCAAAUGCUACGGCCGACGACGGGCAAACGUGGCAAACUGGACCGGACAAUACCCUCAAACCCCUCUCCGACACAAACAAGUGCCUUGAAGAUUCGGGCCACGGAAGAGUAGAUCUAGCGUCAUGCAAUGGGAGAAGAAGCCAGAAAUGGGAUUACCUGUAUUCUGGCAAUGUAAAGAGUCGAAGCUCGAAUGACUGUCUCACUGAGACAGAUGAUGAGGAGGUGGUGACGUCCCAGUGUCUUUACGAAGCAAAUAGUCAGGUGUUGGGUCUGCCAAGUGGUAUUACAAUCAAUGGGAACUAA